CUGGUAUCGCUCAUUUUCAGCCCAAACCAACCAGUCCAAGGCUUCCUCGACAGUCGAACCAUCUAAGCUACAAGCUUCAUUGUCAGCCAGAUGUCAUUUCGGACCUACCUUAUAAAAAAGUGCGGGGCAAUUCAAGACCGACCACCACUGCAGGUGACAUCGCCGAUCUCCAAACACCAUUAGGGAUCACGAGGCCUGCCUGAACUUGGAGAUGACGGGAAAUCCAGUUCAGCUUGGUGAGACAUGGUGAGUUUGGGAAUCCCGUCAUGUCAUGUACACUGCUAGUUAUGUCCGGACUGUCAAAAGUUCACUUUCCUAAUUGAGCUAUUGUCAUUAGAUGGAGAGAUUGUACAUUUCCAAUUCAUGGCAUUCUGCACACCGCAUCGAUAUCGACCAGGAAGGCAGAUUCGAGAUGGCAUAUUGGACCCUUUGGGCAUUGAAAGUUAAGCAGCCACGUCAAGUGUCAAGAGGCUGGUGGAUUGCAGGUGGCUUGCAUGAUGUCGUCGCCCGGCUUUGGUAGCCCCACCCGGUAUCACAUCAUCUGGUUGGUGAGGGACUCCCUGCACCUUUUAGGUGCCAUCACUACAGUUGCAACGCUACUGUCAGCAUGAUGUUCUAGGUCCAAAUGGAUUCCGGGUCUCUUAAUUGUACACUACAUUCUUGUGGGCACCAAGCUGUUUUUUCUUUGAAAUUACACGAUACAUCGACCUGCACACAUACAUUCCCUACACACCACACCUGCUGCUCUCAGAAGCCGAUGCCUUGCCAGGCGUAUUACCUCUGUCAUCAGUUAGCAACGGCAGUCCGUGAUGGCUGAAAGGGUCUCACCUCGAAUAACAUGAGUAUCUUAGAGGACUCAAAGAUUGCCGGUUGCUUCGCCCAUUCCAGUUCCCUUUUCCGUAACUGCCAGCUUUGUUUUCACAGCCCGGCGGGAAACCAGUGUACUUUCUUCGAGUCGUGGGCCGCUUUUCCCUUGCGUAGUUGUGCUCUCCCAGCUUGAUCUCUGGUAGAUGUUCUGGAAGUCCUCUACCGGGUACCAUCGGUGUGGGCUUCUUUGACGGUUCGUUCGUGUGCGAGUUCGGCUGGUCUUCUUGAGAUUCGGCGGAAACGACUGCCGAUGGUGCUUUGAGCUCGAGUUUUUUCUUUCGGAAUGUGGUCGGGAUACCAUCUGUGAUCCAAGCCCCAAUCUCUAGGAGAUCAACGGCUGAGUCUGAAGAUAGACCCAUGGUGAAAACACGGGGAAAAUGUUGGGGACAAUCUUUAAUGCCUCUCAUUCCGUCCAGGCUGCCUUACUUUGGGCAGACACCGUACUUGAAUCUCUUUCUUCGACUCCUUUCCCAACACUCACAUAGGAGGCAGUUCAAACAUCACCUUUUUCAUCACCGCCCAAUUUGAUACACAGCAUAUUAGCCCACAAAUGGCGAAACAGUGGCGGUCAGCUUUGGAAUUCUGGAAUUCCAUUUCAGUAUCAAAACAUUUAUUUCCUGGGGUUGACGGGCAAAGCGGCUCAGCGCACACCUCAGUAUGCAUAUGCAUUAGUGAAUCGUCGCGUCCAGCAUGAUACGACUCGCUCCUAUUGGCCGCAUCCUACUGUUCACCGUUUAUGAGAGCCAAGGAUGCGCCUUUCAGAUACGGCUUAUUGGGUUGACUUGGACGCCUUGCGAGGCGCAAGGCACAAUUUCCAGUUCUCCUUUGGUCGUCCGCGAACCGACCUGAGCUUCAAUUUCCAUUUGCCUUAAGAAGAUAGAGUUCGCUUGUCUUCGGCCAGGCACGAUGGCAUUGGGUAUAUUAGGAACAAGAGUCAACUGCUUAGAAUCAUCAAAUCUCUUCCGAUGACAGUCAAAGUAGGACAGCCAGUGUCUCGAUCCAAGCACCAGUCUCGAGUUUCAAGACGAAUACACGCCAGGAUGUCCGAGAGAGAUAAUUUCGUCCCCCACGAAAAAGAGCACGCAAAACGCAUACAGGAGGAACGCUGGGAGCACUAUAAAGAUGUUAUCGUCGCCAAGUACAGAGAGUCGACGCUCACUAACACCAAAACGUAUAUGGAAAAGGAAUACAACUUCAAAGCAUCUCGGCGUCAAUAUGUUCACCGUUUUAGCAAACAAAAAUGGAAUAUCAGCAAAUACAAGGGAGGACAGCCUCAGGUCGUGGAUGAGCCAUCGCCAAACACCCCCCUUUCGAGGCAGAACCCAGCCUCACCUGACCUUUCGUCUGUUGCCCUUCAUCCCCCUUCACCCACGACAAGGCCAGCUUUUGAUUUCUCACGUUACUCGUCUGAGCAACUGGCUGCAUCCCACAUUCUCUCAGACGGCCUCCUGUACCUCGGUGAUUUGAAUAAUGCGUUCGCCAUCAAAGCGGAGCUUUACAGGGUUAUCACGGCAGGCCAUGGCGACUUUACUGAUCAGGAGAUCAGACGACAACUUUUACGACGAUAUGUCAUUGACUGCAUCUGCAUCAUACAAACCGAGGCCGACGCAAAAGCUGCCCGUCAAAUGCUGGAGCAGAAUGACCUUUUGUACGAGAGGUGGGCAGAUACUGAUGACAACACAUGGGAGAGUGUUCUCUUCCGCAUUCUCACCUCGAGGACCUAUGAUUCGGAGAAUUCUGAAAGCUCGAUUAUACAGAUUGUCGAGAUCAUCAACAAAACCACCGUCGAAGCAGACGAGGCAGGCCACGAAAAGCUGCAGACACUGACGCCUAGAAAGUACCGUUUCGACCUUCUCAUGUACAAAAUAUUCAGCUAUGCGUUGGAGAGGUACAAUGAACCGACAGCCGUGGACGAAAUGCCCAUUGACGUUGGGGGGCUCCUGAAGCAGUUCAAGAACACCCAACCCGCAAUCAAGGACUCCAGCGUUGAUCCUCGGCUGGAAUGGGAACUCGUGCUGAAAACUCUGGACUUUUGUGUUUCCGAGCUCUCAAAUGGCGAGUUUCAUCCCCUGAGACUCGACAACAAGACCACCAGGGCCAACAGGAUUUUCUGCACUCUUUUGUGUGCUCUUCAAAAGCAGAUUAUGAUUCGGGAGCAAACAACGACGGCUCUAGACAACAUUUCAAGCGACAAGGCACAUGCCCAGUUUGCAAGUGUUUACACCGAGCUUCUCGGCAUCGUGGUCGGCCUGAUAGUCGAUGAAGCGCCAUCCUUGGAAUUCUCCCGAAAUCCCUUGCCACUGAAGGAGUGGGCUCUGAGAGGCGCCCAAAAAGUCAAGAGUCUUGCGGAACAGUCAAACCUUGACCAGGAAAAGACAGGUCUAAUUGACCGGUUCCUCGACAAGGCAAACUCAAUGAACGUGGAGAUCAUGCUUGAGAACCUUUCGAGGAAGCAGCCCGAGGAAGUCAACAUCCGCGAACUCAACCUCCUCCGCAAGGAAUUGGCACAGAAUCUCGGCGUGGAAACUCUUCUCGACUUGGAACCUAGAGCAUCGGUGAUUGUACCCUUGACUGCGAGCUGGGAGCUUUACGACCGGAGUGCCUCUCAACAUAGCCAACCUGUGUUUCACCUGCUGCACGGCCAACCGGCGCCAAGGGGGGCUAGAUCACGCUCAGUAUCUCGAUCGCAUUCGCCUUCUGCUACUAGCAGUAGCCAGUCAUCCGCCACAAACGGAAAUGCCACCGGCCAGGCGAGCGAUGCUUCUGCCGAGGGGGAUAGUGAAGAUAUUAUUCUUGACUAAAAACGCCCCCUCCCUUUCACGUCCUGGGCACUGUUGUUUUUCUCUCGAUUCUCUCGUUAUAUAGACUCAAGUUUUUUCUGGGCCCGUUUCUCAUUCCACAUUUGAUAUAAGGUAGCCAGCGCGUAGUUUGGAUCAGCGGGUUCAUUUCGUUUUGUUUGCCUUUCUUGUCUCCUCCCUUAUGUUGUCUUUUACUACUCUAUACGCUAUACUAGAAUGACUAUUUUUCCUUCUUUCCGUUUCAUCUUGACACUUGCUCUCUGUUUUUCCUUUUCCCCUCCAACGACUUGUACGUGAAAAACAUGGAGAGCUUCCUCAUGCCCAGAAAUACACGAUAUAGAAUAGGUAGCAAGGCACGUAUUCACAAGAGGUUCCGGACUGUCUCACGGUGUCUUUACCGGCAAUCCCUGUGGUGUUUACACGCCCUCGGGGUUUCUGAAUACUCGGCUUGACGACGAAAUUCUUGCAGCAACGCCGAUAAGUUGGUCCGCCCUUUUACAU